AUGUCGAAUACCAAUUCGCCAUGGAUUUGGGACGCUACCUAUCAAGACUACUACUAUGUCACGCGCGACCAGUAUGGGAGCCCUGUAUACAACUGGUCCAAGUCGCUCGGCAGGACUGACCCGGCCGUUGGUCGAGAGAAUGAGAUGAUAGAGGACGUGCCUCUUGAGAUUCGCGCGAACCCACGGUUUAUUCCAGGUACGCCCCAGACUGGAUGGUAUGACCUUCUAGAUUCAUCUUACCAAAUGAGGAGUGGAUCCGACGCUCGGCGGUUCUUCGUAGAGGGCAGAGUUUUUGCUAUGCUCUACAGUGAGGCUGCAGGCCAGACAGCGAGACCAGACCCAGGUGAUGGGGCUUUUACUGUUGUCCGUUUUGGCGAGUCAGUUCAUACCAACAUCCGUCGUUUCGUUGUUGUCGAGAUUAAACGAGGCUUCGUAUAUGCCUGUGGUAUCGCCACGUACUCUCACCGUGGAACCCUGAAGCCGGGCUGCAACCCAGUCGAACACGCCAUCAUUUACUUCCGAGGAACAGAUCCAAGCUACUCCUAUCUGCCGGGCGAAGUUGAAGGCGGCAUGACCAAAGCCCCAAUUGAGGUUGAACCUGCCGAUCCCGCCAUGACCCUCAAGACUGAUUCUCGCAUUCGAUUUGGCAAGAUCUAUCCAAUCGAGAUGAACGUCAAGGUCAAAGAUAUCGGCCGUGUGAGCUCGGGCCACCUGAGCCUGUUACGCCAGUAUAGGGACGACGAACAGUAA